GAGGGCCGCGGCGCAGGUGGCGGCCCGGGGGAAGUGAAUGGUUUUACCCAGCGGGCCCCGCGUUGGCCCUCUCCUCGGUCGUUUCAGCGGUGCCUGUUAUCCUAUCUUUGUGGGGUCAUGGCGUUCACGUUCGCUGCCUUCUGCUACAUGCUGGCGUUGCUGCUCACCGCCGCGCUCAUCUUUUUCGCCAUCUGGCACAUUAUAGCAUUUGAUGAGCUGAAGACUGAUUACAAGAAUCCUAUAGACCAAUGUAAUACACUCAAUCCUCUUGUACUUCCAGAAUAUCUCAUCCACGCUUUCUUCUGUGUCAUGUUUCUCUGUGCAGCAGAGUGGCUUACAUUGGGUCUCAAUAUGCCACUCUUGGCAUAUCAUAUUUGGAGGUAUAUGAGUAGACCUGUGAUGAGUGGACCAGGACUUUAUGAUCCUACAACCAUCAUGAACGCAGAUAUUCUAGCAUACUGUCAGAAAGAAGGAUGGUGCAAAUUAGCUUUUUACUUACUAUCAUUUUUUUACUACCUAUAUGGCAUGAUUUAUGUUUUGGUGAGCUCUUAAGAUGUUAUUCAACAGACUCAAUUAAAAGUGCAUGCAAAAGCCACAAAGUUGAAAGGAUUCUGUCCAAGAAGAACCUGUUUCCAAGAUUAGCUUAUGGAAUAUGAUCAGUUACUUAAAAAAAAAAAAAAGACUCCUUAUUUUUAAAAUGUUUCCACGUUUUUGUUUUUUUUUUUUUUGUGGAAAGACUUUUCAUAUGUUAUGCUCGGACAAAGAAAUUAAAUGGAAUUACGUAUAAAUGAAUAUAAAAGGAUUACCUCUGGUAUUGACAGGUUUGAACUUGUACUCCCUAGGAACAGCCAUAAUUUUCUGAAUAAUUGUAUUAAUUAUUGACUUUCCUUAGCCUAUUGGAAGUUUUUGUUUACAGUAGCUUAUAGUAGCUUAUUUUGGUUCUAUUGAAAUACUAAUUAUAAAUUAGUUGUAGAGAUCAAGUGCUUUUGAAGGACUGAAAACUGUAUAUCUGACUUUGUGGAAACCUCACAGGUUUCUUCAUAUAUCAUGUAGAAGAUUACAUGGAUAUAUUUGCAAAAAUAAGGUUGAUGGGGUUUUUUUCUUAACAUUUGAAUAUUAGCCCUAUAUAUUGCAUGACCUAGGAAUUCCCCAUAAUAGUUCCAUACAAUUCAUAUACUUUAAUCCUUAAGCAUAAGUGAACUUACUAAGAAUAUAUACUAAAUGAUCUUGAAAUGCAUUUAAAGUUAUUUUAAAUGUUUUCAUUUGUAGAAGUCACUUAGUAAGAAAUUCGGUAUUCUAAUUAUUGUUACAAUCCAGUGAUAAGAUAUUCUUAAAGACUUGCAAGUUAUACCUUAGAUGUUCAGAACAGAAAAUGAGAGAGAAUAUUGUGUAACUACCCUGCUGUUCCUUAGUGCAAUACAAUAAAAGUCUAAAAUUAAGACUUCUUUUCAGUGCAUUGUUUUAAAGACGGCAGAGAGCUACUUAAAAUUGCUUUAUCUACAACUACAAUAAAUACGUAUUAGUUAUAUUUUUAAA